AUUAUUCACAAUAAAUUCUCAUCUUCUCCUCUCUUGUAUUUCUCUGUGUUAGUUCUCUUCACAUCCUUCAUUUCUCUCUCUUUUACGUUUCGUUUCAUUUACUUCAAAAUCAAAGAACUCAAAGCGUCUCCGAGUUUGUGGAGAUAGUAUGAACGUGAUGGCAAUGCAAGAACUGAUAAAUGACAAAAAAAAACUAACUAGUUUUAGGUGUUUAUUGAUGGUUUGAAAGGGGAUUGUCUUCUACAUAGCAUUUUAUCCUACACAAAUUCAGUUUUUCAGGCAUUUGAAGCAGAUGGGAUGAACGGGUUUGAUAAUAUAGGUUUUGGAGCAAUAUGGCUAUUGCUGGUCUAAACAAUGUUUCUGUGCUUGGAAAUUCCUUCCUAAGGGAGUCUCAGUCUCAAACACCAAGAACUUGGGGAAAUGGUAGCACCCGGGCAUCCUCACUCCUGCAGAUGUGGCGGGAGCUUGAAGAUGAGCAUGUGGUGAGUCAUGCUCAAGAGAGGGCAAGUGAAAGAAUUCUCCAACCAAGGAGUGAUGACCUCUCUGUGACUGAUCUUUCUGAUAGUCGAAAUAGUGAACAUAGUGGUGUUUCAGAUGAUGUGAGUGAGAGUGAGAAUGAGUUUAGACAACGGUUGCCAGAUCAAUUUGGAUUGCAGAAUGGGAAUGGGGAUUCAAAUAAUCUUAAUUGUGAACAGUCGUCUGGUUUGGGGGAGGUUGAAAGGGAAAGGGUAAGGCAAAUUUUUCGGGAGUGGAUGAACAGUGGUGGCAGGGACCAUACAUCUAAUAUUUCCCGUAGAAACAACAGUUCAAGAGUUCAGUGGCUUGGAGAAACUGAGCAAGAGAGGGUCAGAAUUAUAAGGGAGUGGAUGCAAAUGAACAGUCAGCAGAGAGGUGCUUGUGUUGAUAGUAGAGAAGAGCAAGCUGCUGAUGUUGGUGGUCAAAUUGAACGAGUUCUUGAUGGAUUGGUGGUUAAACAGAAUGAAGGCCGGACUGAGCUUGUGCGAAGGGGAAUUCGUAAAUUAUGUGGUCGACAGGUCCUGCUUGAUAUGCUUAAAAAUGCUGAAAGAGAAAGGCAGACUGAGCUCCAGGGCUUGUUGGAGCAUCGAGCUGUAUCAAAUUUUGCCCAUCGCAACCGCAUUCAGUCAUUGCUGAGGGGUAGAUUCCUGAGAAAUGGCAGAAUGGGUGAACGUAACAGAUCUACCUCUGUUGCAGCCAGCGAAAUAGGCUUAUUGAGACAAAAACAGACUGUAUAUGGUCUAAGGGAAGGGUUUUUCUCCAGACUGGAUAAUUCUGGUUCUGGUCCUGCGAGCAGUAAUCAAUCUGAUACAUCAUCUAAUGCUGAUUCCAGUGCUAAUAGAAAUGAGCAAAAUCAACUAAGUAACUCGAUGGAAAUCACAGAUGGAAUAAAUGAAAACCCUGAACAUGAGAAUGUGCAAACAAAUAACCAAAGGUUGCUGGAGGGUAGAACUGAUUUAGAUGAUGAUGUUGUUGAAGAUAUAAAUUGGCAGAAAACCUCUGCUCGGGUAGAAGAGUGGCGGGAACGAGUUACUGCGAGUGUUGCUAGAGACUGGCAGUGGUCUUUCAGUGAUGAGUUCAAUGAGAACAGAGAUGCUAGUGGAGAAAUCUUGGAUGGCGACUGGCAAGGAAAUCUUGCUAAUGAGUCUUCCCUUGGAACUUUGGCGAAUGAGGCUGGAGAACAUAAUAAUAUACAAGAAGCUGGUUCAACUUCUUAUGAACAUUCUUCCCAAGAUGGUGGAAGAAAUGGGACCUAUGGGUUAAUGAAUGAUUUACAAAAUUUGCAAAGGAAUCCAGUAGCACAGAUUAAUGAGCAAGAAUCUGCUUCACAAGUUGAACAAUGGCAGGAGGAUAAGGAAACUGUGGAAGCUGACUGGCAGGAAGCUAGAGUCGAGUAUAAUGAAUUCAUGGAUGGUAAUGAAGAAGCCUCUGACAUGCAUCAUGAUGGAGGCUUCCACGAAUCUACGUGGGAUUGGUUGGAGGGAUCUUACAAUCUAGAACCUGUUACCAUCGGCAGAACUGAUACAUUUUAUUUUCCUGAUGAUGAGAAUGUACACAGUACGGAACUGAGGGAACUGUUAAGCAGGAGAAGUGUGUCUAAUCUUCUUCAUAGUGGUUUCCGUGAGAGUCUUGAUCAGUUGAUACAAUCUUAUGUGGAAAGGCACAAUCAUGCUUCUGUUGAUUGGGAGCUAAAUGGAACGUCUCCUCCUGCGUCUGUUGAGCAAGAUAUGGAGCAGCAAAGUGGCGAUCAGGAUGCUGAGACUGCACUUGCUCUUCCUUCAGCCAGGAUGCCACCUAUGCAACCACUCUGGGACCAGGAUUCACACCAUUAUGAUUGGGUGCCACAUGAUGCGCAUCAAUGCUUCGGUAUUGAGUGGGAGAUUGUUAAUGAUUUGAGGAUAGACAUGGCCAGGCUGCAGCAAAGGAUGAAUAAUAUGCAGAGGAUGCUGGAGGCCUGCAUGGAUAUUCAACUCGAGUUACAGCGGUCAAUAAGACAAGAAGUUUCUGCUGCCCUUAACCGUUCUGCUGGUUCACAAGGGAUGAUAGAUGACAACUUGCCCAAGGAUGUGUCUAACUGGGACAAUGUCAGGAAAGGAAUUUGUUGUAUAUGCUGCGAAGGCAAUAUUGAUUCCUUACUGUACAGAUGUGGGCACAUGUGCACAUGCUCAAAAUGUGCUAAUGAGCUGGUCCAUGGUGAAGGAAAAUGUCCAAUGUGUCGGGCACCGGUAGUCGAGGUCAUCCGUGCUUACUCAAUCCUUUAAGAUCAAAAGUAUUUAUAUAUCUAAUAAAAAGAACCAAAAGAAAAGUAGAAAACCCAUAGAAAAAUUUCAUUUUUUUAAAGCUGGAUCAUUCCAGGUAUAUUAUUUUCCCUUCUCUCAUUUCAUUAUUUCCGCCUCUCUUGGGUCCCUUAAGCAGCCGUGAUUUGAUGAGUACAUAAAUUGAGGGCAUGAUUGAAACAGAAAACCCAACUUGUUGAAAUCAUUAUAUAUUACUAAUUUGAGUGUAAAAUCAUCAAUUAUAAUUUAUGCAAUGAUUGUUGGACUGU